AUGCUCUCAGCGUUGACUCGGGACAGCAAGGGUCCAGAAUCAGAAGGCGACAUUGGCGAUGACACAGACGCCAAUGCCAUGGAUGAGAAUAAGGAAAAGGAAGAGUCAGUGGAAGGUCCAAAGGAGACCACCAAGAGUGGAGAGAGAAGACAAGCGAUUCAGACGACCAGGGCGUCUUAG